AAAGCAUCAAAGUUUGAGGUUUGGUGUGAGCCUGAACGCCUCACGGCAGACUGUUGAUAGGAGAAACUCAUUGUCAGACGGCUGGUUGCUACGAGCUAGCCAGCAGAAGAUAACUUUGGUUUUCAUACAAUAUCUCUACGAAGGAAGGGAGAAUGCUGAGUUGCAUCUGGCAAUAUAUCUACACAUCAUUUCUUAGACACUGUCUGAAGUGGUUCUUGCGACAUGCAACAGGGAAAUGUGAGCUGCAGAGAAUAUGUUCAAGAUACAAUCCAGGGGCAACAAGGACAAUGAAAACAGAGCACUCUCUGCAGUCAUCAAAGAGUAAGGUUUUGCGAGAUGCUUUGGAAGCCAGCAGGGAUAAUUUGGAGCAAAGUGUAAAUAAAAUAAUGCAGGAGAAGAAGAUCAAACCCACAAAAGAUCCCCUAUUCAAGGGCAGUCUGCACAUUUGUCUAUUGCAGAUAACAGGAUAUAACAGUCUAUAUAUAAUGGUGGAAGACUUGAGAAAGGAAGUCUUCAACUCAGAAAACUUGGAACAUGAGUCCAUGCUUUUGAAGCUGUGGGAGCUGUUGAUGCCUACAGUGAAACUGGAAUCUAGGGUGACAAAACAGUGGGGAGACAUCGGCUUCCAAGGAGAUGACCCCAAGACUGACUUCAGAGGAAUGGGAAUGUUGGGCCUAAUUAAUCUUGUGUUUUUCAGUGAAAACUACACAGAAGAGGCUCGUCAGGUGUUGUCUCAUGCAAACCAUCCCCGACUAGGGUAUUCAUAUGCCAUAGUUGGGAUCAACUUGACAGAGAUGGCCUACAGUCUCCUAAGGAGUGGUGCUUUGAAAACUUACUUCUACAACACAGUGAUGGAUACACCUGAGCUCCGGCACUUUCAUCAGCUGUACUGUUACCUUGCUUAUGAGUUUGAUAAAUUCUGGUUGACAGAAGAGCCAGAAAGCAUCAUGGCGUUCAAUCACUACAGGGAAAAAUUCCACAGCAAGGUGAAGACACAGCUACUGGACCGUGACGUGUCCCUUACAUUGACUGUGAGUGAUAGAAAUUAACGCUCAGGAAUGUUCUCCUGACAUCAUCACCACCACUAACUUGCUCAGUUUAGAGGAAGCAGAAGGUUCUGAAUAUACAGUGCUUUUGAGAUGCCAACAAAAAAAUAACAAUAGACUGAAGCUGAUCAGGUCACUUGUAUUCACUUAAAUAAAUUCUGUUGCAGUUGGGUUUGUGUUUCUUUAGUCGUGCUCACGUCGUUCCAUUGUAGUGACCAUUAAAGCGUUUAUAAUAGAGCACAUAUCUAAAACGCUAUACCUCACAAAUGACUGUUCUAGUGGUUAAUACUCUGAUAAAGACAAAUUAUAAGACAUCUUUAGCGCUUCUUGUGAGUUUAUGCACUUCAUCUUUCAAAAACGGCUUGCUAAAAACACCUUUUUUUUUUUACUGUUUGUAUUUACAUAUUGGAUCUGGUCUCACCAGUGUCCUGCUCAGGAAUUUGAUAUUUAUGUCCCAAGAAUGUAAAUGAAUCUUAAUGGAAGGAAUAAUUUACAUUACCUAACAUUCCGCUAUGGUGCAGUUAUAAUGUGUGACCAUUAUAAUGUGUCUCAGUUGAUGCCAGUGAUUCUGUUAGUGUUCUGUAAUAUUGUUGAAGUGGAAGUCUGUGUUCUGUACAUUUCUUUGUCUUAAAACUGAUGACAUGCUUGCUUUAUCUGUUAUUUUAAGAUGUGUUCUGUUUUUGGGGAACAUAUGUAAUAAAUAACGUGUUCAAGCUCAAUAAAUAUUUUGAAGCUU